AUGAUCUACCUCUACACCAAUCAAUACCUGAUAUUCUUAGGGGUCUUUAGAGCAUGGUGUUGUGCUGUCGACGUUUCAUAUUUCUACUCUACACGCCAAGAAUCUCAGGAAGCAUUUAAUCUUACAAUAUUCGCCGAGAAUCAGAAGCAUUUGGGGUCUACGGAGGUACACGAGAGUGUAUUCGAGCUGCUAUAUGACUGGAUGCUCUAUCCAAAUUGUCAGAUUUUUGAUCCAACACAGGCUCAAAAAGCUCAUGAGCUUCUCCUGGAAAUGGAAGGUGGGAGUGAACAGUUUGCGAAGGCUUUUGCUGAGAUGGUUGCUUUCAUGGGCACCCCCUUGAUUGACGAUCGGAGUUCCGACUUGAAUCAAGUUUCCGAUCACUUUAGAGAAUUACUUAUGGCUACUAUUCCUGUACAUAUCCGAUUAGAAGUGGCAAGUCUCACAUUAAGACUCACCAAUCUACAGAAUAACUCUCUCUUUCUUCUUGACAGUUGCUACGGUUUAGCUGCCUACACAGCACGAGAAGGAGACGAAGUUUUCCUACUGAAAGGGCUAGACGUACCAGUCGUCUUACGACCUACUGGUGAGAAUUACUCAUUUAUUGGUCCUUGCUCGUACAUACAUGGAGUUAUGGAAGGUCAGAGGUGGCCGGAAGACGAAUCUGAGCUGCAAGAUCUCGUUCUUGUCUAG